GUGGGCUUAGGGCUCGCUCCUUAACCCACUCGUGUACAUUUCGGAAGAGAACAGCGUAUUGACGCUAUUGGCUGCUACUCACUGGUCCUUGAGUUUAAUUUGGCCAUGAGGCUCUCCAGUGUCCUCUCUCCUCCACCAUGAUCUUCCUACUGCUCUUCCCUGUCCUGGUCUUAGGUAUGUUUCCUAUGGUAACACUUUACUGAAAGUUAACAGGCAUGUACAAGCCCUUAUAAUGUCUUAUUAUAAGGAUUGUAAUAUGUUAUGUAUUUUUAUGUGGCUAAUAUACUGUAUGGGGAGCUGUUAUUUAGUCAAAAUCAUUAUAAGAAGAUCAUAAGACAUUAUAAAGGGGUCAAGCAUGCUUAUGACAAGUCUUACGAUACAUUAUUGAUGUAUUAUAAUGCUUUAAACCUGUUGCUAUUAAGUGUUACCCUGACUCUGUUGUCUGGGCGGUGUGUGAGCGAUAAGACAAGACUUCUGAUCUAAUCAUAUUGGUGGUUUCUUGUUGCUUCUUCUUCUUGUUGAGUAGCUGCCUUGUCACGGUGGAAUGUUUUCCCAUUGUGUUUAACUGACUAUACAAAGGUGAAAUUAAGCCAAACUCUCUUGUAUAUUAGUGGGAGUAAGAAGACAUAUUUGAAGGCAUAUUUGACCACACAUGACAAUGCAUUACCACGUUCUUUUAACACUUUAACGUUAAACACCUCUUAAUAUCCAGGUGAAAUUCAAUUACAAAGCAAUGUAUCAUCCAACGUAACAUUUGAAGAUGAUGGUAAGUGCUCAAAUGAUCUAGAACUUUAAAGCACUUUUGGCAAAAUAAUAGUACCUACUUCAAAAUGCAUGAUGUAUCUUCCUAAUCAAUUUGUAUUGUAUUGUACCUUGCUGUUGGAUUUUUUCCCAAAUCAACAGUUAAAAUGCUCAAAUAUGUAAAAGAAAUAAAAAUAAUUAAUAAGGUACUAUGUGUUAGAAUGUGACACACUUCUAUUCGUCUACCCUGGCCAGAUAGUGUCAGCCCAACAUUGCAACAAUACUGUAUACCUACCUGAUUUCAUCUAUGCAUAGGCAAUAAAAUGGAUGGGUGGAUUAUAAAUGGGGUAAAAUGUGUGUUCUCUCUGGUUGUACCCCUAGAAAGUUUCGAUGUCAUUCCCCAGUGCAAUGAGCUAGGGCAAGGCAGCUACAGCAUGUGCUGGGAAAUGUUUCACACUGAAAUGAAAGACAUCAACAAGGAACUCUGGUGUGAAUGGGACCAAGUCAUCAGGUAUAUCUAAAUGUUGCUUUCUGAUUAAAUGUUGCUUUCAAACAUUAUGUGCUUACUACUCUUUGACCCUAUUUACACUUAGUAUCAAAAUGCGAUCUACAUCCAGAAUACAGAACCAAAUAACUAAAAUGCAUCUUAAUACCAAAUGUGAUCAGAUCUGGUAAAUUUUUACAUUACAUAUAUAGUUCCAUCGCAAGUUCAUUGUUUGACAUCCUGUUUUAGAUGUAAUCUACAUCGCUCCUUCAUUAUUGGUUGAAUCCCAUCAAACUGUUAGAUUAUUGGUUCAAUCUCCAUACAUUAGUUUUAACUGGUUAAAACAACCUGCACACACUUUACUACUUACAUUGCUCUCUUCGGUUCCACUGGUGCUGAAGUAGUUUCAUACUUGGACCCAUUGAACAAAUCAUUUUAUCUCUAUACUUGUACCUCUCUCAUUAGACCACUUCCUCUUUCAAUGUAAACAGUAACAGCACAUGGAGUUAUAUGAAAUAGAAUAGUUGAAGUAGGUGCCUCUAAUGCAGGGGCAGAGGAAAAGCAUUCAGUCACUUUGUCGGCAAAGAGUCAUUAGUUGACAGUGGGCGGGAGGGACACACUUGGCACGGUGAUUCACUUGGCAGGCUCCAUGAUGAUCGAUACUUCCCAGCUCCACUUUGAGAGAGAUGGAGCAUGUGAUAGAGAGUGUGUAGAGGCUAUUCACACUGCAGCGCACACGGGCUCACACACAGCCAGGCACACUCUCUUUACCAUUCUUCAACUCUCAAAUAUUAUGACAAUUACCAUGAUAGUAGAAAUAUCUGAUCAUACGUAACCAAUUUAAUCUUGCUCUAAAAAAUAAGGAAUAACUCGAUAGUCUCCAAUAGUCUUCAUUGAGCAAAAACCUAUAAUUACUGUAAAAUGUAUUAGCUAACAGAGUUACUCUGCAUUUACUGUAAAACUUGAUUUGAUCUCUCCACGGCAGACCAUACAAUCAGCUGACCAAAUGUAUCGAGAGCUGGACCACCUACUUAGGAUGUUAUUUCCCGAACCAAGUGGUGCAAGACUUCUUCAUCCAGAUCCAUUCCCACUUCUUCCAGGCAUGUCCAGAGGAGGAGCAGUUAUUUCCUGAUGCCCCCUCGGGCGUUGUGCUUACCCUUACCCUCAUUCCAGUCAGUCUCAUCCCCAUUCUGGUUUUCCUAGUGGUCUGGAAGAGCAAGAUCAGGCACUAAGUUGGGAAUGUUGAAUAUGUGCUGUUUGAAUGUGUCUUAGGUCCCUUCCUGAAACAGCCCCUAACAAUAAUUCCAAGUAUUUUCUAAUAAUGUGUUUAUUUUUUAAAUAUUUAUAUUGUAUGUAUAUUAAGA